AUGAAACAGUACAUUCCAGAUAGUUUGUCUGGUAAAGUUAUAAAGCUCCACCAGAAGGAAACAGCCGAGCAUGUGAUAUAUGAGACGACUGAUAACAAGUCGGGAACAAGAUGCGAUAAAGAAAAACGGGAGGUGCAUAACCACGAAGUGUGUGUACUUACAGAUGAAGAUAUACAUACGGAAUUGCCGAUACCGCUAUUCAUGAGGCUUCCGGAUGAAUGCAAAAAGCAAUAG